AUGGAGAAAGACUGCAAAAUGACGAAGCACAAGAAAGAGAAGCAGAACACUAUUAGCCGCCGAUUGCAAGAUAUCAACGGCGGGUCACUAGUUGCACAAAAGCCCAGAACCAAAAAACCCUCAAAUUUUUCAUCCUUUUCAUCGCAUUCUUCCUCAGCUGCUCCCAAUCCUCGUCAAGCUCCAAAAUUCUGUUCGAAAAAAUCUUCUCUCUCCUCAAAAACCUCUAACUCACCAUCUUCUUCACGAGCCCAGAUUCAGAAAAAUCCGAGCACGAACUCUUACAGAACAUCAAAUUCAUCAAAGCUGCUCUCCAAAUCCAAAGAAAACGAGAUGCCCAGAAAACCCUUUUCACAAAUAUCCAAAAGGGACGCACCCCAGAGCCAAAAUCUUAAAAGCAUUGCUAAACCCAUUUGCAAAAAUGGUCGAAGAUCGAAGCUUGCACCUGUUGAGAGCCAAAAAUCGAACAAAUUUGAAAAGGGGCCUGCAAAAUUUCAGUUGAAGUUGAACAAGAACUCGCACAACAAUGGUCCAACUUCAGGUAAUACAGCUAGCAAUCCUAGUUCGGGUGAAAAUCGUAGUCCCGUGGCAAAAUCCUCUUUAAAUCCUGUGAUGGUAAAUUUUUCUUUGAAUGAGGUAGAUCAAGAGAAUGAUAGUAGUUGCACUGCCGUAAAAACGCCUCCUGUUGAGGCAUCACUCUCUCCCGAGAUCCAAACUCAGUCACGUUCUAAGAUUCCGGUUUCGAAAAUGGAGGUGAAGACCCCCAUUUGUUACGGUGCCGGCCAUCUGGUCUCGGGUGUUACCGACAGGAGAAAGUGCAGGCGAAGGGGCAGCCUUAAAGGUUUUGAAAAAGCUAACCUUUUUCAAGAAAAUGGUGAUUUGAUCAACGGCUCGUGUGAUUUCUCGAUUCCUUUGCCUGCGGAGGCUUCGGUUAGGUGGGUCUUAUCCCCAUGUGAUGAGGAGAAUAGGGAUUUCAAUCGUGCUUCGGGUGAAAAAUCAUCUGAUGAUUUAGUGUGUGCUGAUAUUGGUGAUUAUUCUGCACUAUCAAUUUCUUCUCUGAGUGGUGGAAAUAUCAUCCGAACACCGAAUUCUGACUCGGACUCGUACUUGGACAAGCACGAUGGACUUGUUAGGUCUGAAAGGGGUGCUGAAACUAAAUCUUUGAAUGGAGAAAGUGCAGUUAAUAGUGUUUCUUCUUCUUGGGUGUCGAGUACUGCAUUAGAUACUUUGGCAUUGUCCCGGAUGAAAAUUUCGUGGCGAGAUGGGCUUACAGACAAGAUUCUCGAAAAUGAUGAAUUUGAUAGCUGUUGCUUGUUGUCGGAUGAGGAGGGCGAUGGGUUUUGUAGUGAAAAGAAGCGAGUAUUGUGUCAAGGCAAUGAAGGAAAGGAAUCGGAUGAUAAUAAAGACAAUGGUUUUAGGAUGGAAAAUGGCUUGUGUCCGGUUUUUCUUGACUAUGAACCUCAAAUUUGUGGCAGAGGGAAAGGAAAAUCAUCGUCAAAUGGGGUUAACGUGUGUGUUGCGGAGUCUUUUUUGACUGAUGGGGGUGGCUUAGCUGCUUCUAGUGAUUCGGAGUGGAGUUACUGUCGUGAAAAUCACUUGUUUCAGGUAAAAAAAUAG